GGAUGCUUCCCCCCGUCUCUGUCAGCGACUAACACAUAGUCAUUUGGUGGCUGGUCCACCGAGACGUGUGCGCGCUGUGGAGGAAAAAAAAACUGUUGAAGCGGACUUGGGUUGAGGGAGGAAGAGUGAGAGUGAGUGAUUUGGGACAAUUGUCAGAGUUACAGCUUUGUGCUCAUACUGCCCUAUCGACAAUGCUGUCAGUGAAUGUACUUUCGUGUUUGCUACUAUUAUUUGAUGCACUUCUCCAUACCCCAUACACGUCGGCAGCGCGGAUAUCCAACGAGAGACGACGAGACGACAUGAAUCCACCUGCCACAAGGCUCGGGGUGAAGGAGCAUUUUCAGAUUGUUACACAGCACAAUAGACUGCGUAGUCGGGUCAGUCCUAUUGCGGCGAACAUGCAGAAAAUGGAGUGGAGCGAGCCUCUGGCUCUUCUGGCCCAAGAGAGGGCAGUGUCCUGCUUCUCAGAUGCUGCCCUCCCAGAGCAGAGCCUGGGAGAGCACGUAGGCUGGAACGUCCAGCAGGCAGCGCAUGAGGAAGCCUCCUUCGCCGAGGUCAUCAAUGCCUGGUUCUUUGAAGGCCAGGACUACGUCUACCUGGAUGGCCAGUGCAGAGAGAAUAGUACCUGUCAACAUUACACACAGCUGGUGUGGGCCACCUCCAGACGCGUGGGCUGUGCUCAGCAUGUGUGCAGGUCGGGAGGCUCCCUGCUGGAAGUGUUUGUGUGCGCCUACUCCCCAGGGGGGAACUGGGAGGUGAACGGUAGGCCUGUGGUGCCCUAUAAGGCUGGAGUCUACUGCUCCCUCUGCACCUCGGACAUGUCAGGAUGCUUCAGGCUCUGGGACCAUGUUGGCGGGCUUUGUGAGAUUCCACAGAACCCAUGUCGGAUGAACUGCGGGCAGCGCGGCCGUCUGAACGUCUCCUCCUGCCAGUGCCACUGCUUCCCUGGCUUCACCGGCCGCUUCUGCCAAGUGCGCUGCAGUGUCCGUUGUGUCCACGGCCGCUACAGAGAGGAGGAGUGCUCGUGCCAGUGUGAUGUGGGCUACGGUGGGGCUCAGUGCGCUGAAAAGCUGCAAUUUCCGUACCACAACUGUGACCUGCAGAUUGAUGGCGAAUGCUUCAUGGUGUCUUCCGAGGCAGAGACGUACUACACAGCCAAGCUGCAGUGCCAGGAGAGAGGGGGUGUUCUCGCUCAGAUCCACAAUCAGAAGGUGCAGGACAUCCUGGCCUACUACCUCGGCCAGCUGGAAACCACAAAUGAGGUGACAGACCCUGACUUUGAGACCAGGAACUUCUGGAUAGGACUUACGUACAAGACCCUGAAGGAUGCUUUUCGCUGGGACACUGGAGAGAGUCCUUCUUUCACCAGCUUUGCUUUUGGACAGCCUGAUAACCUAGGCUUUGGGAACUGCGUAGAGAUGCAGGCUGCCAGCGCCUUCAACUGGAAUGACCAGCGCUGCAAAACACGCAACAGAUACAUCUGCCAGUUUGCUCCGGAGCAUAUAGCGGUAUGGGAGAGAGGCCGGUGAUUGGGCCUGCAACUGCACAUAAGGAUCCUGAGGCAGAGGGAACAGAGAGAGAACGUGUGUGUGUGUGUGUGUGUUUUCUGAGAUGAGACAGCACCUCACUGUACUGAGUCCUCCUGUCUGCUCUGCACUGCACUGCACUUCACUUCCCCUCUGACAUCCUCUAAGGUUCGUGAUAAAGAGAUACUGGAGAGACCUACUCACCGCCCCAAACCACCACCUGUCCAACACCCACCCACUCUCCCACCUUCUUUUCUUUUUAGACUUGGCUUGGGGGACAGGUCCUACUUUUAAUUAUCUACAGCAGUGAGAGCGCUCACUCUCUCAUUCGCUUGCUCGCUCACUCGCUUCACUCAUUCACUCACUCACUCACUCACUCACUGAUUCACUCACUCCCUCAUUCCCUCACUCCCUCCCUGUCCCUUCUGUAGUCAGCAGUUGGACACUGGCUGUCCAAAUAAAUUUGCUGCAAUGGGGGGGGGGUCUCUCCCAAAAAAAGUCUCCUCCUCAGCUCUCCUGAAGUCUUCCCGUGCCUGGUCCUCGUCUCCAUAUUCCAGCCUCGGCCCCAUCCAUAUUAAUGGGGCUGAUAAACACAUGGCAGUGAGGCAGUGGAGCAGUCCUCUGGCAUCUGGCACCAUGGGCCAGGAGCCUCUAUGCUGCUCGCUGUUUGGAUUUCACUCCAUCUGUAUCUCAUUCGCACCACCACCAGUCCUCCCUGCUCUGAACUGUGCUGUGCUGAGCUGUGCUGAGCUGCACUCUCCAGCUCUUGUCUCUGGUGGCGAUGCCGACGUGGUUCUCGUUACUCACUCACACCUUUCAACCUUUGAGGAUGUGAAGAUUGUUGAGUUGUGAUUCUUAAGUUGAAUUGUAGAUACCGUCAUUACAAAACCACUGGUAAAUCAAAAGGUUUCAUUUCCAGAUAUGACAUGGAAAGUUUGCCUCUUUUUUGUGCACUUAUGUGCACUAAAGUUAAAUGAUGUUAAUUUGACAAUAUAUAUAUGUGUUGAUUGAAAGUACUGUACAUCUUGAAGGUUUUUGAAACUGUAAAAAAAAAAAACACACAACAUUGCAUACAAAGUUUAUGUCAAGUUUACUCCAGAUGUCAUACUGAUGCUCCAUCGUCUCAUAAAUCUUAAAUGAAUUCUUUCCUUUUCUGAAUCCCAAAACUGUUAAUAUUGAGCUAUGUUGUAAAAAGGCCGUAGAAACAGAAUUGUAGAAUAUUUCAAUUCUGUCUUAAAUGUAAGAAUUUCUAUUCGCUAUAUAUAAAACAGGUUUUGGAGGUUUGCA